GCAUUAGUCUCCAAGAUACAUAGACAAUAUAUCUUCAUAAGCCAGAGCAAAUAGAGACGAUGGCCGGGAUGCAGAACGAACCACGAGUUAUAGGAGGAAGCAACCGCAUUUCAGCCAUUGACGUGAGUGGAAACACAACUCCUGUUAUUAACAGCAAAGACUUUGAUCAUCAAGACAUUAUUAACGGCCCUGAUCAGAAACCUGGAUGGAGAAAUUUUUUCUCAUUUGUUGGUCCUGGUUUUCUAGUUUCAUUGGCUUAUCUUGAUCCCGGAAACUUGGAAACUGAUUUACAAGCAGGUGCAAACCACAGAUAUGAGCUACUUUGGGUGAUCUUAAUCGGGUUAAUUUUUGCACUUGUUAUUCAAUCUCUUGCGGCAAACUUAGGUGUAAGCACCGGGAAACAUCUAGCAGAGUUAUGCAAGGCUGAAUACCCAAUUGUUGUGAAGUAUUGCUUAUGGCUGCUAGCUGAAAUUGCAGUCAUUGCGGCUGAUAUUCCCGAAGUGAUUGGGACAGCCUUUGCACUGCAUAUCUUAUUCAAGAUUCCAGUUUGGGUUGGUGUUCUGCUCACUGGUUUUAGCACCCUUCUGCUUCUUGGUCUCCAAAAAUAUGGUGUCCGAAAGCUAGAAGUGCUGAUUGCCAUUUUGGUUUUUGUCAUGGCGGGUUGUUUCUUUGGAGAAAUGAGCUAUGUGAAGCCACCAGCUGGUGAUGUACUAAAAGGAAUGUUCAUUCCAAAACUUAGUGGCCAUGGUGCCACGGGUGAUGCCAUUGCGCUACUUGGUGCACUUGUUAUGCCGCAUAAUCUCUUUCUCCAUUCUGCUCUUGUUCUGUCCCGAAAGAUACCAAAUUCUGUCCGUGGGGUCAAUGAUGCAUGCAAAUUCUUUCUGAUAGAAAGUGGAAUUGCUCUAUUUGUAGCAUUCUUGAUCAAUGUUUCAGUCAUUGCCGUUUCUGGUACCGUUUGCUCAGCCAAAAAUCUAAGUGGUGACGAGUUGGAUCGUUGCAGUGAUCUUUCCCUUGACUCGGCUUCAUUUCUACUUAAAAAUGUAUUGGGGAAAUCCAGCUCGACCCUGUAUGCUAUUGCGCUACUAGCUUCUGGCCAGAGUUCAACCAUCACUGGCACUUAUGCAGGACAAUUCAUUAUGCAGGGCUUCCUGGAAUUAAGGAUGAGGAAAUGGCUCAGAAACCUCAUAACAAGGUGCAUUGCCAUUACCCCAAGUCUAAUAGUGUCAAUCAUUGGCGGAUCUUCUGGAGCUGGAAGACUAAUUAUCAUAGCAUCGGUUUGUAUCUGUAAUUUUACAGUUUUUGCAUAUGCUUUUCAAUUUUCUUUGAGACUAAACUUGUUUUACAAUAUUUGGCAGAUGAUAUUGUCAUUUGAACUUCCUUUUGCCCUCAUUCCACUGCUCAAAUUCAGUAGCACAACUAUAAAAAUGGGUCCUCACAAAAAUUCCUUAAUAAUCAUCGUCUUCUCGUGGGUGCUAGGUCUUAUGAUAAUUGGCAUCAACAUAUACUACUUGAGCACCUCAUUCGUCGAUUGGCUAAUUCAUAGCACUUUGCCUAAAGUUGCUAAUGUGUUCAUUGGGAUAUUAGUCUUUCCAAUCAUGGCCAUUUAUGUUCUAUCUGUGAUUUACCUUAUGUUCCGUAAAGAUGCUGUUGUCACCUUCAUCGAACCAACAAAACUUGAUGCUAGUGCACAAGUUAGCAUGGAAAGUGGAGAAAACGAUAAUGAUAGAGGACAGGAGUUGAGGAAUGUUCCAUUUAGAGAAGACCUUGCUGAUAUCCCACUUCCGCAAUAGUGCAACUAAAACAUUCUACUCCCGGAGGGAAUUUGAUGAAAUGAAAUUUGAAUUUUUUCCUCGUCAUGUUAGAUUAACAUAAGAAAUUCUAAAUUUCAUUUCACCAAAUUCCUACAUAUUCUGUGAACCAAACAACCCUUAAGCUUGAUCGAUCAAUCUUUGUGAUCAAGCCUUAAGCUAGGAAGCAUCUUCUUGCCUAUAGAUCUUCGAGUUUCAAACUUUGUCAUAUACAUCCGAAGUUAUAUGUGUUAUUAAGGGUAGAGUAUUUAGUUAUUUAAAAUAUAUGUAUCUAUACUAAUUUGAAAAAUAUUUGAAGUAUUUAUAUUAUGCUUGUAUAUCUAGUAAA